AUGAGGCUGCACUUGCAUACCCACGUACCUGGUGGAAAGGCCAUUGAACUCAAUAGGGGAAAGGCGCGCGAAACGAGAGGCUGCGCCCCCCCCCGCCCCGAAACAGCGCGCCAGGGACGCCGCCGCCGCCGGCCAGGCCCGACUGCUCUUUCAAGCCGCGCCGGCUGGCCUUCCUCCGCUUCGCCGCCUGCUGCCCUUGCCGGCGGGACCAUCCAUCACCGUCCGCCCUCCUCCGGCUGCUGCUUCCUCCCGAGGCCCGCCCGCUGCAGCAUCAGCUCCGCGGCCGCCUUCGUCUUCUUGGUCUCCGGCUGCUUUUCCCUCGCCUGCAGCCCAGGGCGGGGCGGGGCGGAGCGGGCUAGGCCGGACCGGGGAGGGCAGGUCCGUGAUGUGAUCGGCUGCCGCGCGUCCCUCGGGGAGGGGGGGAUUUCCAUCCCCAUCGGGAGCCUCAGCAAGACGGAGAGGGUGGUGGAGCAGCGGGCCAAGGGCCGCGCCCCCAUGAAGGAGAAGGAGGCCGGGGCGGCGGCGGCGGCGGCGGCCGGGGAACGGGGCAAGCCGGCCACUUACACGGGCGACAAGAAGGCGCGCAUGGCGGCCAAGACCAACAAGAAGUGGGUGCGCCUGGCCACCGUGCUGGCCUACGUCCUCUCCGUCUCGCUGGCCGCCAUCGUGCUGGCCGUCUACUACAGCCUCAUCUGGCAACCG